AGUGACACCAACAUUGUUCCAUGAAACAUUCACACAGACAUCAGCGCAGUGACUCAGUCAGAUGCUGAAAGUUUAGGUGGAAGGAUUUCAAAUUUAAAUAAGUUUCAGAUGCUGUUUUAUUCCGUCUAACCAGCGGUUGAUAACAGUGGGUUUUCCCCAUGGCUCUUAAACACCUGUUCUUAUUGUUGCUGUGGAACCUCACUUUGAUUCCCCAUGUUGUCACGUCUUUGUGCAAUGCCAGCUGCACGACAGAUUAUAAGGCCUCACUGAACUGUUCCUGCUUGGGCUCUGUGCCGCCAUUCGCUGUCCUUCUCAAUGUCACGUGCAGGUACAGUACAAGUUAUGGCGACGAUGUGUUUCAUGGCAGCUGUGAAGUCAAACCCCCUCAGUCCUGGUGCGUAAUGCAAUCAGAGGACAUUGAUAAUGUUGCAUAUGUUGCAACCGAGUGUACCACGACAGUCAGUCAACAGGGUGAUGAUCGACUUUUAGUGAAUGCCAGUGAGCCGUGGGGGCUGGCUAAUGUGGUGAAAGCUCCGCCUCCUGUCGGUGUCCAGGUGACAAACACUGACGGAUUCUACAACAUCACCUGGCACCUCGUCAACAAAAAAGACUGUCUCACAUACAGUGUGCGCAUAAGAGAGAGCAAGAACUUGUCAAAGGAUCCAGUUUACUCCCUUUCAGUGGGACCACAAAGGUUCUUCCUGUUAGACAGUGAGCAGCUCCAAUCACAUGUGCGCUAUACUGUGGACAUUCAGGCCAAAAUGUGUCCUGGUAAUCACUUGCUUGGUCCUUGGAGCGAGUGGAGUUCCAGUGCAGAAUGGAGAACUACUGGAACUUCAGAGAUUAAAGGAAUGAAUGAACAGUGGUGGUACAUCUCCCUGCCUGUCAUUCUUGUCCUUCUUGUGUUGCUGGGUUAUUCCAAAAAAUCGUGGUGUCAGAAAAAACUCCAGCAGAUUGUAUUCAUCCCCAAAGCAGAUGAGUUUUUCAAGCCACUCGACCUCAGCUAUGGAGGGAACUUCAAGGAGUGGGUGAAGCCUGUCUUCAGCGAGUGUGAUUACGUGAGGAUCAACUCUCAUGCUCAGAUGAUUGGUGAGAAGCAGCCCAAAGUCCUUCAAUGGAACAACGAGAAGCAAAGUAACAGGGAGGGCAACGGGAUGAAUGGAGGUGUUGAUCUCUUCCACAUGCUGCAGCCAAACAGCGACUCGCUGCUGUUCUUCCAGGACGGAGGCAGUUCACAGGGCGCCGGUCACUCCACCGGACACGUCUCCAUCCAUACUGUAACGCUGUCUGGAGAAGAAGAGUUUGAGGAGGAAGGGGUGUCACAGAGCUCAGUCAACACCUUCAGAAGUUACCAAGAUGGAGAACAUAUCGGUUCAUUUGAGGGGGACAACAGAGAACACGCUCGAUAUGAUUUAGAAGAACCUCAUAGGCAAAGUGGGUUAUUACCACAAGAUGGAAUAUCUAAUGACUUAUUCGAGGAAAAUAGAAACUUUCAGCCGCCUGCUCAGAUGAUUGAACCAGAGAGGGUAUCACUGGUCUCGUUCGCCUCAAACGAGCAGUCAGAAGAUGGCUACCCUCGCAUGGACCUGGACACUAUUGACAGUGGAUUUGGAGAGUGCAGCAGCCCUGGAGCCUCAGACUCAAACAUGGCAGGGCAGAUGGACUCUGAAUUAUUUCAUGAUCACAACAGCUCCAAUUCUAACUAUGUCAAACAGUGGAUGAUAUGUGGCUCGAUACAAGAAGGCUCCAGCAACUCAGAGAACGAACUUCACGAAACACAGUGAUUGUUCCGCUGAUUUACUGCCAUCAUCACAGCUGUGGGACAUGUAUUCAACCCUUAAAUGUUUUCUGUAUGUCUUUAUGUCUUGUGUCUUUAUUAGGAUCCAAAUGUUCAAAUGUACUUUAUAAUACUUAAAUAAUGUUUUAGCAACCUUUUGAAAUGUACUUGAGAAUGUUCCUGAAUGAUAUGGACGGGUAAAGAGUUCCAGCUGACCAUGGCUCUGUACAGUACAUGACUGUUUUCUGUCCCUUAUUUGAUUUAGAUUUGUGUAAUACAAACCUUCCUUCUAUUGUAUGUCGUGUUUGAUAGUUAUGUUGAGCAUACUGUGCUAUAAACCUUUGUGAUAAUAUAUGUGGUGAGUGAGUCACUGUAAUAUUUCUGACAAAAUGUAACAAAAAAGAAUUAGACCUCUGUCUUAACCAUUUCAGUGUCUCCAGCAUUUCAGUUACUGUGGUUCUAUAGGAGCACUGCAGUGCACAUCGUGCUGCCUUCUUUUGUGCUACUUGUAGUUUGUUUAAAUCUUUUUCUGCAGCACUAGACCAAACAAUAAUCAAGCUGCGACAGAACCAAAGCAUCCAGAACUUGUCUACUGACAUCUAUUGGCAAAUAUUUUACAAUUAUUUUUACAAGUGACACACCCCUUCCCAUUUUUACAACAUUAUCAAUUUGUUUAGACCCAGAUAAUUUAUGAUCCAGGGUUAUAGUUAGCAAUUUUGUCUCCUUGACCUGUUCAAUUUGAAUAUUGUUUAAAUGUAGUUGCAAUUUUAGUUCACCUUUUAACUGAUGAUUUGAUCCUAUUAAUAAAGAUUUUGUUUUUCCAGCAUUAAGUACUAACUUAUUAUUUAUGACCCACUCUGAUAUCAGUUGUAGAUCUUUAUUCAUAACAUUUGUCAACUCUCUUGUAGUCGAUGCUGCAUAAUAUAUUGUUGAGUCAUCUGCAUACAUUACAAUUUUGGCUUUUUCUAACACUAAUGGUUGGUCAUUUGUAAAAAAUAGAAAAUAAAAGUGGUCCCAAUCAACUACCCUGAGGUACUCCACAAGUGACUGUCUUCAUCUUUGACAGACUUCCAUUAAAAAAAAAAAUAGUUUGACUUCAAUUUGUCAGGUAACUUUCUAACCACCUCAGCGUAUCAAAAUUAAAACCAUAUUGUUCCAGCUUGUGUAACAACAAAGAAUGGUCAAUAAUGACAUCAAAAGCAGAACUAAAAUCAAGUAGUACUGCACCCACUAACUUCCUAUUAUCCCGGGCGAUGUAUUAAUCUGACAGGAUAUGUCGCUUUGUAACAAUUAAUGUUAUAACAGUGUAAUAUGGGGGUAACGUUGGUGUAACAUGGAUUCCGUUAUGGUCUAAUAACGGGUGCAAUAACAGUAAAAUCGCUAUAACAUGGGUAUAAUAUGGGUGUAUAACAGGUGUAAUAAUAUUGUAACAUGGGUGUAAUAAUAGUGUAAUAUGGGAGUAAUAAGAGUGAAAUUACGGUGUUAUUUGGGUGUUAUAUUGCUGUAAAAUGGGUGUGAUAUGGGUCUAAUAACAGUGUAACAUGGGUUUAGUAAGGGUGCGAUGUUGGUGUAAUUAUGGUGUAAAAUGGGUGUAAUAAUCGAUUAAUAUGGCUGUAAUACAGGUGUAUUAAUGGUGUAAUAGAGGUGUAUUCAUGUGUAAUAUGGAUGUAUAUAGAGUGUAAUAUGGAUGCAAUGUAGACAAUAGCAAGCAAUAAUCUUCAAAAAUAGAAGAAUGAAUAAAAAAUGAAUAAAAUCAUUUAAAAUCAUUUAAGGUUUAAAAGAUGGACAUAAUUGUUGACAUUUCCAUAAAAUACACUUUGAUUUGAAGUAAAUUGGCAGUAUCAGCUCAGCAUUUACUUCUGUAUACUGUUCAUCAUAGUUAGUUGUGAACUUUGUUCUUUGUAUAUAGUGUGUUUCUUAAAGAAAAAGAAGCCCCCCAGGUUAGACAUUUUACAUUUCCAAAUACAAUGAACUGAUUUUCCCCUUUUUUCUGCAUCAUUUAAAGUUAUGUAUUGCUUCUUUUAUAAAGAAACACAAUUUAUUGAUAGAUCAUAAUAAAGCACCAAGAAAGAGAACAUUUAUUUGUGGGCACUCGAGAUGCAUAGAUGUGUAUUGCUUUGAUUCAAAGUGCUGGAGGAAAUGUUCUGUUUAUUUUAUCACUGUCUAAAGGAGCUUAAUUUUCUCAUUGUUUUGCAUGCUUCAUUCACACGCAUGAAUGUGGCCUUAUCAAGAUGUCAGAUUAUGACUGUUUUUCUCAUGCAUGCAUUUUCUCACUAACCACUGUAACCAUCCGUCCUGUUAUUUUGCAACAUCAGUAAAAAGAGCAAACUUGUA